UGCUCCUGUCUUCACUGCCACAACUGCUAAAAUGGAGGUGGUUUCAGCCGAAGUGAACAGCUUGCUCCCGGAGGAGAUCAUGGACACGGGCAUAACUCUGGUGGAAGACGACAGCAUUGAGGCCGUGAUUGUAUCGUCACCCAUGGGAGAUUCCAUUCCCAUGGAAACAGAACUGGAAGAAAUAGUGAACAUGAGCUCGACCAGCGACUCGUCGGCCGCGGCCACUGCGGCGGUGACCGCGGAGCAAGUGACCGUGCCCAGCAACCACUCGGGGGAAGCGGCRGCCAACGCGACGGCCGCCAACGCGGAGACGAACGCGGUGCUGAAGCCCGCCUUCCCAAGCGCCCUCCACAAACUCGGUGCUCAGACCCCUGUCACUAUAUCUGCCAACCAGAUCAUCUUGAACAAGGCCGCCGACCUGAAAAUAGGCACCCAGGGCAUUAAGCCGGAUGGGCAGAAGCUGAUUGUAACGACUCUGGGCAAGUCUGGCCAGCCCAUAGUGCUCGCGCUGCCCCACAGCCAGCUGCCCCCGGCGCAGAAAGCCGCCUCGCCGGCCCCGGGGACCGACUCCAAGGUGCCAGGCCAGCAGAUCAAGGUUGUUAUCGGCGGGAGGUCGGAAGUGAAACCCGUCGUCGGCGUCUCGGCUUUGACGCAAGGGAGCCAGCUCAUCAAUACGGCGGCCCAGCCUUCUGUGUUGCAGACCCAGCAAUUAAAAACAGUCCAGAUUGCGAAGAAGACGCGCACCCCAACCUCUGGGCCAGUGAUCACCAAGCUCAUCUUUGCAAAGCCAAUCAAUAGCAAAGCUGUUACGGGGCAGACGACUCAAGUAUCGCCAGUCAUUGCAGGUAGGGUUCUUUCACAGUCUGCUCCAGGAACGCCACCAAAGACGAUAACAAUCUCUGAGAGUGGAGUUAUUGGAUCAUCCCUGAGUACCACAGCUCAGCAGACACCCAAUAAAAUAGCUAUCUCGCCACUCAAAUCCCCUAACAAGCAGCUAACAGUGGUGUCAGUGGCCUCCCAGCCUCCCAGCUCCCCGCAGAAGACGGUGAGCGUCCCCCUGAAUGUAGCUUUAGGACAGCAGAUCCUCACAGUGCAGCAGUCUGCACCCUCUUCCCCUGGGAAGGCCAUAGUCAACCACACAACGGCACAGCCUGUGAAGUCAGCAGUGCAGACCAUUACCGUAGGAGGAGUGGGUACCUCUCAGUUUAAGACCAUUAUUCCCUUGGCAACUGCACCAAAUGUCCAGCAGAUCCAGGUACCUGGAAGCAAAUUCCAUUACGUGCGACUUGUCACUGCCACAACAGCCAACAGCUCCACCCCAUCUGCCAGCCAAAAUCCCAGCACGAACACCCAGCCUCUUCAGCAAGCAAAGCCCGUGGUGGUGAACGCAACUCCCGUGCGGAUGUCUGUCCCCAUCGUGCCAGCACAGACYGUCAAACAGGUGGUGCCCAAACCAAUCAACCCAACUUCCCAGAUAGUCACUACCAGUCAGCCCCAGCAAAGACUUAUCAUGCCAGCCACUCCACUGCCACAGAUACAGCCCAACCUCACGAACCUGCCCCCGGGCACAGUACUGGCACCAGCGCCUGGCGCAGGCAACGUAGGCUACGCAGUCCUUCCAGCUCAGUAUGUCACGCAGUUACAGCAAUCAUCUUAUGUAUCUAUAGCAAGCAACACUGGCUUCACAGGGACAUCUAGUAUCCAGUCCCAAGCACGGCUGCCCUUCAACGGAAUAAUUCCCUCCGAAUCUGCCAACCGGCCCAGGAAGCCUUGCAAUUGCACCAAAUCUCUGUGUUUGAAACUGUACUGUGAUUGUUUUGCAAACGGGGAAUUCUGCAAUAACUGCAACUGUACAAAUUGCUACAACAAUCUGGACCACGAAAAUGAUAGGCAAAAAGCAAUAAAGGCCUGCCUGGACAGAAACCCCGAAGCCUUCAAGCCCAAAAUAGGGAAAGGAAAGGAAGGAGAAUCGGAUCGGCGACACAGCAAAGGCUGUAACUGUAAACGCUCGGGAUGUCUCAAAAACUACUGUGAAUGUUAUGAGGCAAAAAUCAUGUGUUCUUCCAUAUGUAAAUGCGUUGGCUGCAAGAACUUUGAGGAAAGCCCGGAGCGCAAGACACUGAUGCAUUUAGCAGAUGCCGCYGAGGUUCGAGUCCAGCAGCAGACGGCGGCGAAGACCAAGUUGUCUUCCCAGAUCUCGGAUCUGCUGACGAGGCCGACGCCAGCACUCAGCAGCAGUGGGGGCAAGCUACCCUUUACUUUUGUCACCAAGGAGGUCGCGGAUGCCACCUGUGAAUGCCUCCUCGCGCAGGCAGAGCAGGCGGAGAAGCUGGGCAAGUCCAAAGCAGCAGCGGAGCGCAUGAUCCUGGAGGAGUUCGGACGCUGUUUGAUGCGAGUUAUUAACUCUGCAGGGAAGUCCAAAAGCGACCCUUGUGCCAUGAAUUGCUGACGCGUGCACGUGAGCUACAACUAAGCGGACUGAACGAAACAUUGAAGGCACCGGGACACUUUGGGUCGGGGCGGAGGAUUUAAUAAUAUUUGUUCAUUUGGUGCUUGUUUUAAACUGACUUGCAAAAGAUUGAAAUGAGCAAUUCUUUUCUAACAAGAUGUAGAGUCUUUUAAAUCGUAGCGAAAUCCUCUUCUACUUAUGACGAUGCCUAAAGGUGAAUUUUUUUCCUGAUGUUGUACAGCUUUUAACUAGGGUUUCCUAAAGCUUGGAUGUUUUCUUCCCGUCCCCCCAAAUAAUUGCCUUGAGGGCAUAUAUAAAUUAUUAUAAUAUAUAUUAUUUACAGUAUAUGGAGUUGCAUCACGUUACACGUAAAAGAAAAGACAGAUGCUGACAACAAACAGAUGAUGCUUUUAGCAAUGGGCCAAUAAUACACAGAGGUCUCAGGGUAACCAAGAUAAUUCUAGAGAGAAGUGAAAUAGCAUCUAAAGGGCCAGUAGUCCUGGUGCUGAGGAGGGAGUGCAGCAGGCUCCUUGAGUGUGUACAGCAGUGUGAAAAACAGUCGGUGGUCAAGAAUUUCACCCAAGCACCAAGCAGGGCCCAAGGAGCUCAGAGAUAAAUGCAUUUUUUUUUCUUUGCUUGUUGGCUUUGCAUGAUCAAAUCUUUGGUGAGAGCUCAGGUGUUGUCGAAGCUGGAAUGUGAAGGUUGAGGCAGUGUCCCGUUGCCUGCCCAACACUGUGGUGUGUUGGCUUGAGUGACAAGCAGCCGGGCACUGUUCCUUAGGUCGAGUUUGGUACUCAGAGGUCUUGGGCAGCCAAAUGUCUCCAUGGAGGUAGGAGGACUUGGCCCGUUGCAUUUUUGAGGGCCUGGCUGGUUCCCUGGAGGGGUAUUCCAGCCCUAGAGGCUGGGGUGACAGAGUACGGUGUAACCACGGUUGUCUUGACUGGGACUUGAGCUGCCUGCAUCCAAACUGACCCUGUGAACACGCGCGGAGAUCAUGUUCACCCGGUGUGGGGGUCGUCUCGAUGCUCCUUCUUUGUAC